AACAGGCUCACUCCCCCUUCGUCUCCGCCUUCGCUGACAGAGAGAAACACCAGAAAAAGCUUCCAGAGUUUCAGAGAGAGAUGCGAAGAGAUUCGGAUUAGAGAGACUUCCAAUCCAAUUCCUCUACGCAUCCAAUCAUGUCCUUGCAUUCACAGCUACGGCUUCAUAGCUUCCAUCUCUCUUCCCACCUCCCCUUCCUUCACUCCAAGAUCCAGAUGCGCCCCCAAGCCUCGCUUCCGCUGCGCCGUCGGAGGGAGUGUGGCAGAAGCCCAAGUUGCGUCCAUUGCUGAGCCCCUUUUGCUCAAUGCAGUUCGUGGGGACGAUGUUGAGAGACCCCCAGUUUGGCUCAUGAGGCAAGCAGGGAGGUACAUGAAGAGUUAUCAAACUCUCUGCGAGAGGUACCCUUCGUUUAGAGAAAGAUCCGAAAAUGUUGACCUUGUUGUUGAAAUUUCGCUACAGCCCUGGAAGGUCUUCAAGCCUGAUGGAGUCAUUUUGUUCUCGGAUAUUUUAACUCCUCUUUCUGGGAUGAAUAUACCAUUUGACAUUGUAAAAGGUAAGGGUCCUGUAAUAUUUGAUCCUCUGCAGACUGCCGAUGAUGUUGGUCAAGUAAGAGAAUUUGUUCCACAAGAAUCAGUUCCAUAUGUUGGGGAAGCGUUGACAAUCUUGCGAAAAGAGGUAGAUAAUAAGGCAGCAGUGCUAGGUUUUGUCGGGGCUCCUUUCACCCUAGCAUCAUAUGUUGUGGAAGGUGGUUCAUCAAAGCAUUUCUCAAAGAUAAAGAGACUAGCCUUCUCUCAACCGAAGGUCCUCCAUGCAUUACUUCAAAAGUUCACAACUUCGAUGACAAAAUAUAUUCGAUACCAAGCUGAUAGUGGAGCUCAAGCCGUUCAGAUCUUUGACUCAUGGGCCACAGAACUCAGCCCUGUGGAUUUUGAGGAAUUCAGUCUGCCAUACUUGAAGCAAAUUGUGGAUGCUGUGAAAGAGACCCAUCCAGAUCUCCCCUUAAUCCUUUACGCAAGCGGAUCUGGGGGCUUGCUCGAGAGGCUGGCUUUGACAGGUGUUGAUGUAGUUAGCUUGGACUGGACUGUUGAUAUGGCGGAAGGUAGAAGGCGACUGGGACCAAAUAUAGCAGUUCAAGGUAAUGUGGAUCCUGGUGUUCUCUUCGGUUCAAAAGAAUUCAUCACCAGCAGAAUAAACGAUACGGUGAGGAAAGCCGGUAGAGGGAAACAUAUAUUGAAUCUUGGCCACGGCAUUGUAGUAGGUACACCCGAGGAGAACGUUGCUCAUUUCUUUGAGGUCGCUAAAGAUAUCAGAUACUGAAAAUACGUUUAGCUUGAAUGAAUUUUCUCUUGGUUGAGCUCUUUCCUUUGUAAUUCUUUGUUCCGAUUUUAGUUCGUGUUAAUUCGUUGCUUAAUUUAUACUGAUCUUUGUAAUUUGUUGAGCCCUUGACAGGCAAAGAGAGAAAUCCAAUCUCGAUAUUAAUCUU